GGGAUAAAUCUGACCUUGUCUAGAGGACAAACUGGGGUUGAAUAAAAAAAACGAGUUUUUCUUCGGAAGUUUAGUAAAUGGGUGUUAUUGACAAUUUAUCAGCCAAAAAGAAGAUAUCUUUAGGUUAAUCGACUAUUUGUAUCCCCCAAGGGUCAUCUGCAUAUCAUAAUCUCACUAAAAUAUAGUAGAUAAAAACUGUUGAACGUGAAUGAUGGUCUAUUGUAUGUAAAAUUUUGAUUUAUAUUACGAAAUGACAUCAUUCAUAAUGCAAGAUUUCCUUUUUUCCUUAUGGAAGGAUUAUGUUUGCUCUCAAUUGUGAUUGGUUCUCCCAUGUGCUUGAAUUCUACCGACAUUUUUCCUGGGAUACUGAGUCAGGCGAUACUAGUUUACUGUUGUCAGUGAUAAACCUGAAUUGUACCUCUGAUCCACUGGUGGAUCACUAAAAUGCUCCAAAGUCACGAGUUAUAUCAAAAUAGGGUUAAUAGUUGGUGUUUGGGAUUUAGUUUAGAACCUUCAUCACGAUGAAGCAAGAAUCCGUAAACCCUCUGCCUUAAUCUUAGCACUCUAGAUCAUUUAUAUUCCAGCGACUCCUGAUUGGCCAAAGAAGUCAAUAUCUCGAGAUCAUUCUGCUGUAUUGUUCAGCUUUACCCUCCCGAAAUCAAAAAAGUUGUCGGCGAGACUAUAAUCCAUGGCCUAACAAGUCAGAUCUAAGAUUUCGGUUCCUGGACUUUGGUACAGAAUUCACCCAUACAUAUAACAAAAUUACAUUUUGGAACCACAGCUGAUAUCAGUUCGUGAAGAAAACCCUCAUUUGAAUUCCUAAUCCCGACUUAAACGUCUAACAUCUAGUCUCGAAUCCUCACAUGAAUUUAUAUCCGUAUUUCGACUGUAGCAAGUGGUCAUGGUUCCCAAAGCUCUUUUAUAUCGCCCAAAGUUUUUUUCAAAAAUUAUAGUCUCGUCAAUUGUUCCACUUAUGUGCAAAGUCAUUUAACAUCAAUUCAUGCUUUUUCAUUACGACUAAAUAUGACGGUUGCGGAAGUGGAGCACUACUUUUAUAAGACCGUUAAGAUCGCACUUAAUUUAUGUUUAUAAAAAUUCUGUUCUUUUUUCUGCUGAUAUGACUGUUUACUAUGACUGAAAUAACUGCUACUUAUUGCAACAGAACAUGUCAGUGCAAGAAAAUAAACAAGGCCGUAGGUGAAGACUUAUUUAUUCACGUACCUUUAAUUAAUAUAAUAUUAAAAGUAAUGAUGAAAUGUGUAUGCAAAUUUUUAAAUUUUCAGUCAACAGAUAAGCAGUAAUUUACAUACUGUUAUACACAAAUCCUUAUGUUCUUUCACUUUAUUUUUUACCUAAUCUUAUUUCUUUCCAAUGACCACCUGUAUAAAAAACAGUCUUCUUUAAGAGUUUGGUUUUUAACCUGUUUUUGUUCUGGUUUUCAGUUAUUUGAUGCCGACUAAACACUAUAUCUGUUUACAGCCUUUCUACCGCUAAAUGUCAUCCAUUGUAAUUACCAGGCGUUAAAAUGUCAAGUGUAAACCUGCACAGUGAUUUAUUCCUGCAUUAUUAUAAAGCGUGGGGUGGAGUCGAAGAUUAUGAAUCAGAGAACUUAGGGAUACCAGGUUUUUUCCAACGUGUACCACAAGAUAAUGAGAUUUUACCUGCGAAAUUACGGGAGGAUGCUAGGUCUGCUUUGUUGGAGAGAAAAAGUUUGAGAUUGUUGUCUAAUGUUGAACUUCAAGAGUUUUGGUAUCUUUUGGAGCGCUAUCAUUCACCUCCUACAGUUAAUGGUGAAAAAUUCAUGGACUAUGAGAAUUUUCGCAAGGCAUCUAAGGAGGCAUCUCCCAAGGCAAAGCAAUAUUUCACAGCAGCUACAUUUGUAAAGUUACUUCGUGAAGAUGAAGUUUUGUCACGUAUUAAUAUCUUGACAUUUUUCAAUUAUGUCAUGAAGAAAGUAUGGUUGCAACAAACACAUGUUGGGAUAUCUCUUUAUGAUGUGUGCGGUGAAGGUUAUUUGAGAGAGACAGAUUUGGAAAACUAUAUGUUGGAACUUAUCCCUACUUUGUGUCAGCUAUCAGAGUUGGAGCCAACGUUCCAAACAUUCUAUGUAUGCACGGCUGUACGAAAGUUCUUCUUUUUCCUUGAUCCUUUACGUUCGGGUCGUGUGCGUAUCACUGACAUUUUAGCUAGUGGAUUUCUAGACUCUAUGCUUGAAUUACGUGAAGUAACUACAUCAGAGGCACAAUUGGCCGCUAAUUGGUUUAGUCAUCAAUCAGCUGUACGUGUUUACGGUAGCUAUUUGCUCUUAGAUGAAGAUCGAAAUGGCUUGUUAACACGCAGUGAAUUAUCACGAUUUGGAAAUGGUACAUUGACCGACGUAUUUCUCGAUCGUGUAUUUCAAGAAUGUUUAACUUAUGAAGGUGAAAUGGACUACAAAACUUAUUUAGACUUGGUUUUGGCUAUGGAAAAUAAACAUGAGCCGCAAGCAAUUGCUUAUCUUUUUCGUAUUCUUGACGUUGGUGGUCAAGGUAAACUGACUUCACUAACAUUACGGUAUUUUUAUGAUGGAAUCGAAGACAAACUACGUGCUUCAGAUAAUGAUAUACCAAGUUUUGAGAAUGUAUUAAAUGAAAUCUUUGAUAUGGUACGACCAGCGAAUCCCCAUUACAUCACUUUAGAUGACCUUAUCAAUUGUGGUAAGGGCGACACCGUAAUAAACAUAUUGAUUGAUCUCCAAGGCUUUUGGGCCCAUGAAAAUCGUGAAGCUUUCACUUCCGAAAUACCAGAUGAAGCAGAAUUGUAAAUCGGAUUUUGAUUAUUCACUGAUAUCCAGCAUUGCAAUCAGUGUUAAUUUGCUCAGUGUAUUGUUACUGAAAAAAACAUUGAUGAACUUAUAUACUUGUUAGACAAUUGAACACUUCUAAACUAUCGUAACGUGCCUAUACUUAAAAAUAUACGGGACGUUUGCGAAGUAUAAAGGUAGUUCUCUGUUUCUCACUCACUAUUUUCCGUUUUUACAAAGCAGUUAAAAAUCAAAAUUUCAUACAUACAACUUCA